AAUAUCAUUGUUGGUAUCUGAUUUUGAGACUAUAAUUAACGAAUUUUAUAUUUCUACUAAAAUAACUACCGAGUUUUAUGCAAGAAGUGAAACUUUUUUUGAAACUCAAUGGCCAAUCAUCGCUGAAAAAUUUAUGGCAAUUGUGAAAGUUGCCUCUGGCCAAAACAUAAAAAAUUUCAAGAAAAAGCACCAACCUUUAAUAGAUGCAGGUAAACAUGACAAUCUAUUGGCUCUUUUCGCUUUGCCAUGGUACUUGAACAACACUCACGAAGGGAUCACUAGAAAGCAAGCUGCAGAUGCUUUUUUUCUACAUCUUAAGGAUGAUUCAAAUUUAGCUGUAGAUAGGGAGAAUCACGAAAAAACUCUAGAAAAACUUUCUAUUAGGAUACCUUUGUAUGUAAUUUUAUGUGGAACGAUUGAAUCAAUUUCAAAAUCUUAUCUUGUAUUUAAUGGAACUAUUAUAAGUUAUUCUAAUCCGUUCAAAGCUAUUUUAACUUGCAUUAAGUGUCAAGCAGCUCUGCGUUCAUGGCCCAUUGCCUGUGAGCCAAUUCAUGCUUUUUUUCAAUUUAUUAUCUAUAAGAUACCGAUGAAUAAGAGCUUAUUUUUUGUCUAUAAGACUCAUGCUGUGACAAAAAACUUAAUUGAAAAAUUGCAAAUAAAUAAGAAAUAAGGUUUUUUUUCAAAUGUUAA